CUCUAAUCUCUCUCACUCCACAGAGGAACAUCUGCAGUGAGGGCGAGAGCUGCCUUCAGUCUCCGUCUUCUCAAGUGUGUGACAGGAAAUUCUUAACAGGAUGUCUUCUUUAAAGGAGAUCUGCAGCGGUUUACCUCUGGACCCUUUGCCCUCCAACCGGGGAAGAGACUCCAAUGUGCCGCACGCACCUACCCGAACCCCGAACCUGACAGCAGAGGAGGAGCGGUUGGCGCUGAGAAAUGCACUGCGGUAUUUCCCUCCUUCCCAUCAUGCAACACUUGCACCCGAGUUUGCUCAAGAGCUGCGGCAGUACGGGCACAUCUACAUGUACCGCUUCUGCCCCAUAUUACGAAUGAGAGCUUACCCAAUCAAUCAGUACCCAUGCCGCACACGUCAGGCUGCCUCCAUAAUGCUGAUGAUCAUGAACAACCUGGACCCAGCAGUUGCUCAGUUCCCGCAGGAGCUUGUCACCUACGGAGGGAACGGACAGGUGUUCAGUAACUGGGCCCAGUUCCGCCUAGUGAUGCAUUACCUGAGCGAGAUGACAGAGGAACAGACUCUGGUCAUGUACAGCGGUCAUCCCAUGGGCCUGUUCCCCAGCCUGCCUUCAUCGCCUCGUGCCGUCAUCACUAACGGCAUGGUUAUUCCAAAUUACUCCUCCAGGACGCAGUACGAAAAGAUGUUUGCCCUCGGUGUGUCAAUGUACGGUCAGAUGACAGCAGGCAGCUACUGCUACAUUGGACCUCAAGGGAUUGUUCAUGGAACUAUGCUGACUGUGCUGAAUGCCGGCCGGAGAUACCUGGGCUCUGGUGACUUGAGUGGGCGUGUCUUUGUGACCUCUGGCCUGGGCGGCAUGAGUGGAGCUCAGGCUAAAGCUGCCGUGAUUGCUGGUUGUAUUGGUGUGAUUGCGGAGGUGGAUGAGGCUCCUCUCAGAAAGAGACAUGAGCAGGGCUGGCUGAUGGAGGUCACCAGCAGCAUUGAGUACUGCAUUAAUCGUAUCAGAGAGGCGAAGAGCUCCAGGACUCCCCUCAGUAUGGGUUACCAUGGAAAUAUUGUAGACUUGUGGGAGAGGCUGCUACUGGAGCACGAGAGGACCGGUGAGCUCCUGGUGGAUCUGGGCUCAGACCAGACUUCCCUUCACAACCCAUUUAACGGAGGCUACUACCCGGUCCAGCUCAGCUUCCGCCAGGCGAAUCAGCUCAUGGCGACUGAUUCUAACCGCUUCAAAACCAUGGUCCAAGAGAGUCUCCGCAGACACAUUAAAGCCAUCAACAAGCUGUCUGAUGCUGGUAUGUUCUUCUGGGACUAUGGCAAUGCGUUUCUCCUGGAGGCGCAGAGAGCUGGAGCGGAGGUGGAAAAGGUUGGCGGAGGAGCAACAGAAUUCCGUUACCCUUCUUAUGUCCAGCACAUUAUGGGGGACAUUUUCUCUUUGGGCUUCGGCCCUUUUCGCUGGGUGUGCACAUCUGGAGACCCCCAAGAUCUCGCUGUGACCGACGAUAUAGCUGCUACCGUUCUGGAGGAAAUUAGUUCAAACGUGACUGAUCGCAUUAAACAGCAAUACGAUGAUAACAUCCGCUGGAUCAGAGAGGCUGGAAAACACAAAAUGGUUGUGGGAUCCCAAGCCAGAAUCCUGUACUCUGACCAGAAAGGAAGAGUCUGCAUUGCUUUGGCUAUCAACCAGGCUAUCGCUGAUGGAAGAGUUUCAGCUCCUGUUGUUAUCAGCAGAGACCAUCAUGAUGUCAGCGGCACAGACAGCCCCUUCAGAGAAACCUCCAAUGUGUACGAUGGAUCUGCCUUCUGUGCAGACAUGGCGGUCCAGAAUUUUGUUGGUGAUGCAUUCAGGGGCGCUACAUGGGUCGCCCUGCACAACGGUGGUGGUGUUGGCUGGGGCGAGGUGAUGAACGGAGGGUUCGGUUUGCUGUUGGACGGAUCGGAGGAAGCAGCAAAACGCGCCAGACUGAUGCUCAACUGGGAUGUCUCCAACGGGGUGGCUCGUCGCUGCUGGUCUGGAAACUCAAACGCCUAUGACACCAUCCAGCACACCAUGGAGGAGAACAUGCAGCUACGAGUCACCAUGCCCUUUCCUGUGCAGGAUGAGCAGGUGCUGGACCGGGCCCUGCAGGGCUAGCAGACGUCUUAGCACAGGUUAACAGCCAAUCACAUGCAGCCACAAUCCUUUCAGGAGAGUCUGAGUCAGGCCUUAUCCAGCUGUUGAAAUGAUUCACUGCAGACAGUCAGUAAGGAAUAAGCAAUGUUGUAACAUACAGGGUUCAUACGGGUGCUUGAAAUCCUUGAAAAUGCUUGAAUUUUAAUGUUGAAUUUCAAGGUUUGAAAAGUGCUUGGAUUUUGGAUUAAGUGCUUGUAAAUGCUUGAAAUUCUUAAUGUAUUUCUCUUGCAACCUGACUAUAGAUAACCGCAUUUUCAAUGGAAAAAAAUAUAUAAACUGAAUAGCCAAUAGCCUAUCUGAAAUGAAGACCGCUCCGCCUGGGUCUUGACUGCGUUUUCUUGUUUCUGAGAUGUUUCUUGUUUCUCUACCCUGUAUCUUCUUACUGAAGGGAGUUUUUCAAAUUCAUAGUGGAUAUGAGGGCUCCUGAAGUCGGCCUAUUUGUGGGUCGUGUUUAGUUCCACCAGCUGCUGAUUGAUGAUUUUUGUGAGCUUACUUUUGCUCCUAGCCCCUAGAUUCCCAUACCAGUAUGUUUUAUGAGAUUGGCAAACUACUUUUAGUUGUUAAAAGUGUAAUACCAUUGCUGGUGAUAUGGUUAAGUGAAAUUACCCAUUUUAGUAUUUAGUACUCAUCUAAAACAUGCCAUUUACAACUGUUGAAAGGUACUGGAAAAGUUUGAAAAUGGACCUUGAAAGUGCUUGAAUUUGACCACUGAAAAAGUGUACGAACCCUGUACAUAAAUUGUUUGCCAUGAAUACACAGAACGCAAAGUUGGCCAAAACAUUGUGAUAGGCUGUUUUAAUAAUUUAAUCUGCAAGAAUAUAUUCUUUAUUUCUUUGUGCUGAAAAUUAAACUACUAUUAUGUCUAAAUGAUGA